CGUUUCGGGUGAGUCUCUUUGUGCAAUUAUUAUAUUUUUGUAUUGGGUAAUUUUCAAUUUCCCCUAAGGGUUUGGAUCAAGUUACAUGGCUAUGAUAAUCUCCUUUGUUAAUUUUGAAAUAUAUUAGAGAAAAGAGCGCGGCUAGGAUAUAACACGAUAAUUGAUGUUUAAAGAAAAAAAAAAUUAUGUUGAUGAAUUUUUUAGUUGACUUAUUUUGCAAUUGCAUUGGAUGCUUGAAUCGAACAGCUGAAACUGAACGAUUCUUUACAGUGCUGUACCCAAUCAAGUGAGAUUGAGCUGCAAUAAUCAGGAGUCGAGAUCACGGUUUCAUUUUAAUAAGUUGGAAGGAUACCGGAUGAACUUCUAUCGUUUUUUGAAGGAUUAUUUUUCUUUCUCACUUGAUAUUGGUUGGAUUUGCAUGUAUGAUGUAUCUUUCUAGUAAUUGCCAUGCAUCUUUGGUUGAUAGAAUGACAGAGUAGGUGGAUAUGUUACUGGAUACCAUGUCUAGUUUUCGAUCUCCUUUUAGAGAUGGGACAAUGUGUGUCCGACUCGGCCUCUAUGCCCAAGUCGUUAACUUAUGAUUGUCAGACAUCAAUGUUGCAUAAAUAUUAUAAUUAAUCAAUAUCGAACUUUCCGUGAGUUAUAUUUAGUCUGUAUCAGUUUAGUCGUUUGUUUAGAAAAUCUGUUACCAUGUCAAGCAGGAUCAUCUUCUUACUUUUGUUAAAUCUUGUUGGUAUUAUAAUUGUUUAUGUUUUUGUUCUUCUGUCAGUAAAGUACCAUAAUCCACGAAUUGAUUGAGAAAUGGAAGAUCAGAAAAUGCUGGCAACAAAUGAUGCCAUGGUUAGUAAGCUAAGAAAAAAGAAACUUUCAAAGCAAGAGACUGCAAUGCUAAAUGCAUCAGGGGAUAGUAAGAAAGGACUUCAGGAUGCACGAGCCCGCUCUAGCCACAAAGGGCAGAAGGCCUCCAAAAAAGUACUGAUGAAUGGUGUUUCCCCAUUGUUCCAACAACAAGAGAGGUCAACCUCAGAUUCUUUGCCAGACUCUUUUACAUCUGGAAAUGAUUACCGGGCUUUGAGGCGAAAAUAUUUAAUACUAGAAGAGGAAAGCUUUGGAUUAGGAUCAGAGUUGAAAGAGGUCGAAGACGAGAUUAUGGCCCUUGAGAAGGAGAAGCUAUCUUUGUUGGAUGAGCUUGUUGUCUUGGAAGGCCUAAUUGAUCCUUCAGAUAUUCAGCCUCAAGGCCAAAGAUUGCAAUGAUUUAUCAUUCCUUCUAUGUCGGCAUGUGUGCUACGCAAUACUCUGACAGGACUGGCAGUACCUUAUUAUCGUUUAGUACUGUACGAUGUCUUAUUAAAUAAUAGAAUUUGCCAAACCAUUUUGCAAUCAAUGCUGAAUUCAUCUUUAAUUCAGAUUAUCUAUGGAAUCCCUUGAUAUUGAAUUUGAAAUA